AUGUACUCCUGCGCCAACUAUCCCCGUGGCUGCCGUGGCCGCGCCAACAUUGAUGGAGGCAAAUGCCCGGAUUGCACGACACUGAAGCUUCGCCGGCCCUCAGCAUCGCCCCUGGCCCAGCCCCGGGAUUACCGCCGGGCUCUCCCCUCGGAGAUCCUCGACGACUCGUCCUACAAGGAGAUCAUGCGGGAGCUGUCGUAA